GUGAGUACUUUUCGCUCAGAACUUAGUGAAUCAAGUUUUUUUUACUCAUAGUCAGUCAAAACCAAGUGCAUGUACCUUGCCGUGGCGUUAAUCAUAAUAAUAGCAAGUUUGGUCAGGCUACAAAUUCGUCAUGGGCCUCCAAGAAGUUCUGGUUUUGGCAAUAAGCAUCGUCGGGGCGAUGGGGUAUAUCCCCCAUGGUUCUAUUGGGGAAAAGGAGCAUAUGCUAACCGAAGCUUUGCUUCGUGAGGUUGUCGAGCGCAUGGGCAAGGACUUCAACGAGGCAGCGUCGUCGUACCUCGAGUUCCCGCCCAGCGAGAGGCACCUCGGCCUGAUGUCCCGGAGCCCCGAGCAGACAGACUACGACGGCCUGCUCGACGGCAGCCCGCACCCCAGCCUGCGCGACCAGGAGUACCUGCAGCACAGUUCGUUGUGGGGCCAUCAGUACGUAACCGGCGGUGCGGGCGAGGGUGAGCAGCGCCUGCCGACCGGCCUCCUCAAUCGACAGAUGGUGAAGACCGACGCCGUGCUCCCCGCCUACUGCAAUCCCCCCAACCCGUGCCCUGUGGGAUAUACUGAGGAUCAAGGCUGUAUCAGCGACUUUGAGAACACAGCAGCCUUCAGCCGCGAAUACCAACUGGCUCAGAGGUGCAUGUGUGAUGGUGAGCACAUGUUUAGCUGCCCGCCUGACUCGCCCUCCGACCUGGACCUCCGCUUCUCUGACCACCACAAGAACCUCGUGGCCAAGAAGUAUAAGCCCGAUGUAGAGAACCCCUACCUUCAAGGUGAGCGUCUACCAAUAGCAGCCAAAAAAGGAUUUGAUGUUCACGUUUAUUAACUUAAAAUUAAGAUAACAGAUGAAUUUAGUACGUACUUAAUGUUUAAUGUAUAAUUAUCCUACAAUUUGAUGUUUAUUGUUUAUUUCAUUGCAACCUUACUGCGAAUUAGAUAGAGAACAUAAUAUUAUAUUGGGACCCAGAUAGAGAAAAACAACAAGAAAGAAAUGUUUAACUUUUUUAAAGAACUACUUUAGGCUUUAAUAUAUUUAUUU